AUGCACAGAUGGGGUAUGAGAGGACAGCCAGCUCGGAAUACGACUAAGUCACAUCGUCGUAUUGGUUCAGUUGGAUCCACCGGUGAUGCUCGUGUUUGGCCAGGCAAAAGAAUGCCUGGUCACAUGGGAUACGAAUGGGUCACUACCAGUGGAUUAGAGGUCGGUCUGAUUCCAUUUUCAAAUCAAAGCGCUUCCCUUGAUUGA